AUGUCGACAGACGUCAUACUUGCUUCCAAGAAACUUGGUAUAUAUAAGGCCAUCUGUCUGAGAAUGUUCAGCAUUACUCUAAUGGCAUCAAACACCGAGAUAGUUCAAAACUCUGACAACUUCUCUCAAGGCUCCCGAAGCAUCUUCUUGCCUGAGAUACUCGCGCAACCACACCCAAGCUUGUAUGAGCCAUGCUCUUCAUGGAGUCUUGCUGCCCAACUGUCAAGUGUCACCAAACCUAGCCCAUUGCACCCACCGACUGGUACCACCUCUACAGCUGUUGUAGAGGGCCUUCCGACAAUCCACAGAUUAUGGAGGCAAACAGGACUGGGACAUCCUCAUCAGGGCCUUGAUCAGAUGGAUUUCCUAGUAUCACCUGUUUCACUUCCCCUGCAGGGCUAUAGCCAACCCCCUACAAUGCCAAUGACAUACGAUGACCAUCUUAAAAGCAAUGACUCCUCCGUAAAGGAAUCUGCGAUUGAUGGAGAUUACCAGCUCGUUGAUAUGGUUGGAGCGGCGUCUCAGACAACUUCUACCUCGCCUCUUGGCUGGCUCGAUCCCCAGGACACUCGUGCCAGAUGCAAUCAAGAUGGGUUGACGAGGAGCUCAACUCUCGACAUUGCUAAUGAUGAGGAUUAUCUGCUGGUCGACCCAACUGAAGUUCUGGGGUAUGUUGGAGCAGUGCAUGAGAUUAUCUCAUCUCAGACGUUGAACGUUGAUGUCAUGCCUGAUGAUAUCAUGAACACCGACCCAAUCCAAGGCUUGUACCACUGGAAGAAGAGAUCAGUCCCUCAUGUUAGUGAUGAAGCAUGUGAAAAAGCCUUUCAUGCUCUUUUAUUGUCAAGGUUCAAUGAACUGGCUAAUCGCUACCAUGGCAACUUCCCACCGAGAGAUGCCAAUCCACAUUGGCAUCUCGAAACUUCGGAGUGGUUAGUUGAUCUCUAUCUGCUUCUGCAUUCCAUGGGACCGAGAGAAUGUCGUCUUGCUGAUGUCAUCUGUCCUCAGCCUGUUAAAAUGAGGAUGGUUCUCAGAAAUGGAGAACUGGACGAUCUGGCCAAUUCAAAUGGCAUCCAGGGUUCAUCAUUUGAUACUUGCAACCUGAAAAUUCUAAAUGCAGGCUUUCUUCCAGUGUGA